AUGGCAGAAGGAGUGUGUAAAACCGAGGAGGAUGAAGGACCGAGUCCCGAGGAGAAUUCAGAGUCUUUCCACGGGGUCGGUGUGUGUAAAUGGUUCAACGUCCGCAUGGGUUUCGGGUUCCUGUCCAUGACCAGCCGGGAGGGAGUGCCGCUGGACGAGCCGGUGGAUGUGUUCGUCCAUCAGAGUAAGUUGCACAUGGAAGGCUUCCGCAGCCUGAAGGAGGGCGAGGCGGUCGAGUUUACCUUCAAAAAGUCAUCCAAAGGUCUGGAGUCACAGAGAGUGACCGGACCAGGUGGCAUCCACUGCGUGGGCAGUGAGCGGAGACCCAAAGGCAAGAAGGUCCAAAAGCGGCGCUCAAAGGGGGACAGAUGCUACAACUGCGGAGGCUUAGACCACCAUGCCAAAGAGUGUAAGUUACCUCCCCAGCCAAAGAAGUGCCACUUCUGCCAAAGCAUUGACCACAUGGUUGCCAGCUGCCCAAUCAAAGCACAACAGUCUUCACCGGGUUCUCAGGGAAAACUGUUCUCCUCCAAAGGAGACGAGGAGGAGCACAGCCAGCAGGCACCACCUACCGAGACCUCUGAUUAA